AUGGCUCUUUUGAACAUAUUUAAUAGAAAAAGCGCUGAUGAGGCUUCACAACUGACUACAAAGGGAAGGCAGGAAAUAUCUCAAGCCAUCACAAUAUGUAAAGGCGACGAUGCCGCCGACCAACAAGACUGUUCCGGUGAUUGUAAAGAGGAUAUUGAAGACGGGGAGCAAGCAUUUGCUAGGCUGAAGAUAGAGCACGAAACUCCCUUGUUGAAUUCUUCAAAGACACCGAAAAUCCAUUUUGUUGUGCCGACAUCUCAAAGCGACUGGCAGCAUGAUGCUUGCUCAGAGGACAAAAAAUCUGUCCAGUACAAAAUUUCCCAGUGGUGUGAUAAGAACUCUAGCAAAUUUUCAAGCGUGGGUGCAGGAAAGACAUUAAAUUGUGGGGUUUCAUCUUUACCUAAAGAUAUUAUGGACAUCGAAGUUAUGCGGGGAACUAAGAACAAUGUUCUUGUUCUGCCUUAUUUUAUUUGGUUGAAUGAUCUCAGGUCAGAUAACGUUGAAGAAACACUAGAUGAUGUAGUUCCCAUUUUGUUGAAUGGUUCUAUUUCCAGGGAUAAGUUGCUAGAAACGCGACGGGACAUAACAGACGCACGGGAACGUGCCUUUAUAUUCUUAUGUUCUCACACUACAAGGGACAAAAGGUGUGGGAUUACAGCCCCGUACUUAAAGAAAGUUUUCGAUAAUAAAUUGCAAGAGCAUGCGCUAUAUAGAGAUAAUUCAGACUUCAGACCUGGCGGCGUCAAGAUUGCGUUUGUUAAUCACGUUGGUGGACAUAAGUUUGCAUCAAAUGUUCAAAUAUUUUUGAAGAAUCCGAACACGUUAAUCUGGCUGGGAAGAGUAACGCCAGUUAUGGUACCUUCCAUUGUCGAACAUCUGAUAAUUCCUGAAAAACCUACUCUUCCAUAUCCGGAGAAGGUGCGUUGCAUAAAAAAAUAUGAGAACUGGUAA